UGACCUCUCCUUCCGGGUCCUGUUUCCCUGUCCGGCGGGGGGAGGGGGUGGGGGCUGUGACGUGAUGCCCCCUCGCCGUGCCCUCCUCCCCUCCCGCCCCUCCGUCAUGGCGGCGGCGGCAAAUUAGGGCAAAGCUCGCAGCGCCUCGCGCGCGCGCGCACACACCCACACCCCCCCCACCCUCGGCGGACCGACCCGGAGCGGCGCCGCUACGCGCCCGACCUUCCCUCCCCCCUCCUCUCCCUCCUCCUCCUCCUCCUCCUCCUCCUCCCCGGCCCCUUCUCUCCGCCUCGCGGCGCUCUCAGUCCUCAUCUGUUACCAGAGAAAACCCAGUGUGUCCAAUAAGAGCACUGAAGCAUUGCAAGUCAACCCAAUGGCGUCCUCUACUGCUGUGCCUGUAGGAUUUCAUUAUGAAACAAAAUAUGUAGUUCUCAGCUACCUGGGACUUUUAUCACAAGAGAAGCCACAGGAACAUCCUUCUCCUUCAACUCAAGGGACUAAACAACAGCUUAUGGCACACCAUGCUUUGGAGAAAGAGGCUUUGGAGAAGAUUAAAAUAGAAAUUGAGGAGGAACUAAAACAUCUUGAUGAAGAAAUCUUGGAAGCAUUUACCAGUACAGGAUUUGACUGCCACACUUCUCCGGUAUUCAGUCCUGCCAAUCCAGAGAGCUCAAUAGAAGAUUGCCUGGCUCACCUAGGGGAGAAAGUGUCCCAGGAAUUGAAAGAACAUCUGCACAAAGCACUUCAGAGCUUGCUUAGCAAGCCAGUAACGUACCAAGAAUAUCGAGAACGCACACAGGAGAUAGCUGCUCAUGCCAGUGGAUGGAACAAGGUCUUGGUGCCUUUGGUUCUGCUACAGCAAUUUCUGAUGGAGUUGACCAGAAGGGGCCAGGAACCACUGAGUGCACUUGUGAACUUUGGGGUGACAUAUCUAGAAGAUUAUGCUGCAGACUAUAUAAUUCAGCAAGGAGGAUGGGGGACAGUCUUUACUUUGGAAUCCGAAGAGGAGGAGUACCCAGGGGUCAUCGCAGAGGACAGCAAUGAUAUCUACAUCCUGACUAGUGACAACUCGGGACAGGUGAGCCCCCCGGAGUCCCCCACGGUGACCACGUCGUGGCAGUCGGAGAGCCUGCCUGUCUCCCUGUCAGCAAGUCAGAGCUGGCACACAGAGAGCCUGCCAGUCUCCCUGGGACCCGAGUCCUGGCAGCAAGUGGCCAUGGAUCCUGAAGAAGUCAAAAGCCUGGAUAGCAAUGGAGGGGGUGAAGAAAGGAGCGAGAACAACUCUUCCAAUUCCGAUAUUGUUCAUGUGGAGAAGGAAGAGAUCCCAGAGGGGAUUGAGGAAGCAGUGGUGUCAGCAGUCGCAGCAGAGACCAUGCAGGCGGCAUUCCCGGAACCGCCUGCUUCUUUACAGGAGGUAAAACCUGAAGCUGAAAUUGUGUCUACUGAAAAAGCGCAUCCCUCUGCACUUCGUACAAAACAGGAGGAAAAGGGAAAAGGCACUGAAGAGCCUGUUGAACCUGAAAUCCCCAUCUUAAGUAAACCUGUUCCAAAAUUAGCCCCAUCAGAAGAAAAGGCUGCACCAGAACCUGAGAAAAUCCUGCUUCCAGGGGAAAAAAAAGUGGGGAAAGAGAGCCAUUUGGAAGAAAUGGAAGAGAAAUCCUCCGCUGCAGAGGAGAAGCCUAUCUUAUUGCCAGAAGGGAAAUCUAUAUUGCUGUACGGUGGGGCUGCUGCAGUAGCUAUAUUAGCUGUAGCAGUUGGAGUAGCGCUGGCGCUUAGAAGGAAGUAACAGAGUUUUCUUGAGGAGGAGGAGGAGGUGGGGGGGAGAGAAAAGAGCAUUAUCCUGUUUUCGUAGAUGUGUUAACUAAAGGUUGAGCUGCCUGCUGUUUAAUUGGACACUUGAGUAACUUAAUGGUGAUGGGGUGAGGUUAUUCCAUAAGCCUCCAGCUAUGGACAAUCAUGUUUUUAGUUGAAUUAGGGUGGGGACUGGUUUUUCGUGAUUAAAGUACAGGGGUAUUUUUAAAAAAAAAAAAAAGAAAAAAAAUCUGCAAAUAUAAGAACUUAAGUGCAGGUGCUGAAGAAAGGGGUGCUCAUACUCUAGGAACUGGAACAGAGAAUCCCCAGGGGAAGGGGAGAGCCAGCUGCUGUCAACCCCUGGAACUUUUAGCUUCUCAGAUUGACCCGCUAUUGCAGCUGUGCUGUCUUGUCACUUCCCUUUGCAGCCCCGAGUCCUCCUUAACAGACAUUAGCCAACCUGAAUCCUGUAGCGAGAGGCUGGUCUCCCUUUUGUCUCAGCUUCCUCUCAGGUACUGCACUGCUCCUCGUUACCUUGCAGGUUCCUUCUAAACCCCAGUGGGAGAGUGCUUAUUCUUACCUCUUUGCUCACACCUGGUUUGGCCCCUAACAUUUAUUGGAGCCCCAUCCUGUAAAGAAGCUGCCUCUCUAUAGUCGUAUUAUCUCUGAGCUUUCUGGUGUUCCUGAGGGGGAGAUGCAGAACCGCGCUUGCUGCUAGCAAGGAAGGUGGAGGAGGUACACUGCUAUUUGCUGGUCUGAGAAUCCAUUUGACGUGCUCCUGCCCGGCCUACUUUACUGCCACACUUCAGUUACCAGAGAUGCAAAAUUCAUACCAGACAUGGUGCCAUUUUGAUAAGUACUUUGAUACAAGUGUAUAUGCAGCAAAUAAAUGGCAAAACUACAUGAAAGUGAGACACAAACUGAUGCCACCUGCGAAAUUCAAAGGUUAAAUGCUAUUUUGUCCUAUAUCAUGCUGCAGUCUGUAUUGUCUUUCACAAGUUAAGCACAGCGUGUAUUUAGUCCUAACUUGGUCUUGGCUGUGACAGAAUCCCAGAUACAUAAAGUAAUGGAUUCUAGUAACUAAGCAAAACAGCAUUAAAUAUCUCCUCUGUUUGCCUGUUCCUGGCCUGACCCUGAGUGGUGUUCAGUGCAGUUUCUUUUGCGACUCUAAAUAUGUAAUUAGCUAAAUCACAGAUUCACAAAUGCUGAGAAAAGUUACCUUGGAAAAAGUAAAUCCUUCUUCCUUCCGGCAGUCACAUUUCAAAUGCUUUUGAAGAGAAGCCUUUUAAGUAUUGCUGCACAUAUUAGUUACGUCAGAUCAACUGCAAGUGUUCUGUUUCCUUGUGUGUUUCUGUGUCUGUGUUUGUACUGCAGCUUUGUGGGCAAAAUCUUAGAUUUUCCAGGCAAAAUUACUAACCAUCUCUGAGGGUUUUUGCUGGCACUGUGGCUUAGAGCAGGUGAAAGUAGGUGAAAAGGAACUUAGGAUAAUGUAAAAACUGAAAUGUGAGCUUGCUUUUACUGUUAAGCUUACUCUUCAUAAAGCACAAAGACAAGGUCCUUUCUUAAAACAGAAAACCUUGCCUACUGUACUUCUUGUAAUGAGCCUGUUCCUUAAGUGAUCUGAUGAUGAAGAGAUUUUAGCACACUCUCCAAGUUAGCAUGAGGUGAGUUCUUGCUACUUUUUCCUAUCCCUCUCACAUCCCAAUAUGCUGGUAAGUCAGUAAGAAGCUGGCAGAUUCUAGGGAAUUUUUAUUUUAACCUUUUUCUAUAAUGGAUUCUAUAGAAAAAUUCCUGUAUUUUGAGCUGUUUCAGUUUGAAUAUUGAAAAGAAAGGACUGUCACAUAUAUACUCCUGCUAUGGAAGGAACCUUAGCUUAGGGGUUCUAGAUUUUGCUGUUGAUCAUAGACUGCUCUUUUUCUGUGUACAGAAGGUAGCAGGUUGGCCUUAAAAAGAAGAAGAAAAAAAUUUUGUUGUGAAAUUGAAUUGAUCUUUUUUUGCCAUUUCUUGGUGCCCUGCUGAGAUUCACGUUGCUGUGCUGUGUGCCCAGAACUGUCACAGGGAUCUCCUCACGCCACGGGCUCCCGCUGCUGCAGGUACAGUGUAGGGGCAGUACAUCUGCCUUCCCGCUGCCAUAAUUUUCUCUCUUGGUACCUCCCUGGAGCUUUCCCCUCUUUGAGAGGAGAGGUCCUUUUAAUCCCGUUGUCACAGACGUACACAUUGGAACAGUAUUUAUUGGCAGGUGACACUAUCUGCAAGGGUGCUUGCUACAUGGCAAGUGCUGCUUUAUCACCCAGUAAUAAAGCAGGGAUAGGCCUGCCCCUCUCCUACUACUUUUUUUCUUGUUUUCUUGCUGACGAUGAUGACAUAUGGGAAAUCCCCCGUCUGUAGUCACUCGGUGGGUUAUACAGCAGUACCCAAAUCCACUCCAAAACCAGAGAUGGGGGUUUUGGACAUUCUCGAUAAUCUGUGUGCAAGCUGUGGGGGAAAAGGUGUUCUUUUCACCCUUCUCUGUAAGUGGUUAUUUUACUAAUACUGCAGGACGUGGGCACAGGACAGAUAAUAAAUCCAUGCAAGUUAGGGAGAAAAAAGUCCCUAGCAUAUUGACACAAAGAGCCCAAUGGGGCUCUAAAUAAAAAGUGUCUUUGCCAACAAACAGCAGUGAGAGGAAGAAGGCAGCAGUAGUGGGGAAAACAAACAACUUUCGGUUUUGUUAAGCUUUUUGCAGUGGGGUGAAAAUCUCAAGUAUCCGGCGUGUUGCUACUUUGAACGGAGCAUCAGUAGCACAACUGUGUGUUUUGGUUACUUGGUCCCUUGCUGAUACUUCCUGUUCUUAGGCUCUUACAGAUUUGACAAAGAACUUGCAUCCUCUUCUCCGCUAUCCUGCUAACCACAUGUUUAUAAAAUUUCUCACAUAUCUGUCUUUCCUCUAGGAACACUCCAUUAGCUAAAAGAAAAAAAAAAAAGUUGGUUGUGAACUUUUAAUUCUACUAAAUCUGGAGUCCUGUGGUCAGUGCUAGCACAGGCCCUUUGGAAGUGACAAAAGGGGCUGGAUGAGCUCAGAUGACAGUGUUAUCACUGACUUGAGUGCCAGGCUUCUUGCCCUGCGAUAGGUCUGAAUUAGGAAGUGGAUUUUUUUUCCUUCCUAUUUUAAAGUGUUUUAGGGGAGUCCUAAACUGAAUGGUGUAAUGACACUAAACUGCGUGCUUGCAACCUCUACUUAGUGAAUCUUGCAGCUGGCAGAGGAAAGACACUGCUAUAUACUUAAAAAAGAGCAUAUAGAAUUACUCUUGCUUGUGUUGCUUAUCCCUUUCCCGAAAGUGCCUCAAUAUCUGUCCUCGAGUGGACUGUACCUUAACAAAAUAUCUACCUUUGACCCAUUCUUUCUUCACUUUGUGCUCGUCUGCUGCACAUCCUCAAGCUAAAAUGAUAAAACCACAAAGGGCUAUAUCUGUAAAAGGUGUGAAUUACUGCAAUAGGGAGUUCCUCUGUAUCCAAUUAAGAGACCUUACUUGGAAGCCACACUCUGAGUUAAAUACUUUAAAAAAAAUUGCAGUUGGUAGCAUGCUAAAUAAGGAACUGUCAAGGAAAAGGCUUUUAAACUAAGGUGUGACUUAAACUUCCGUUAUAUUUAACUCUAGGCUAUAGGAAGGCUCACUUAGGCAUUACUGCUGUGAACUAAGCAAGGUCUUUUUAUGUAAAGCAAACCUAAAACAACAGGUCUGCGAGCAAAGACUGAAACGCAGGAUCCCUCUGUAACAUAAACACCCAAACCACCGGGACCCAGAGCCGUAUCCCCUCCCCGCUGCAGCUGUGCGCGAGCUCCGGCGACUGCUGACGUAGGAAGCGUAAGGAUCCCUGGGGUCGUGGAGCUGCAGUCGGGGUAGCGGUUUCAGGCCACUCACCUAGGUCGGAAUCAGAACAGCACCAGGCACACAGAGAGCAGCAGCUUGAGAGCUUGAGGUUUCAGUUCCUGCUGGAGUAGGUGGAAGUUGAGCAGAGGUUUGCAGUGAUUUGGGCAUUUGGCUGCCCUGUACUAGAGGUUGACACCUGAAAUACCACUUCUGGCCUAAGGAUGGAACAAGCUUGAGCCAGGAAAGCAACAGAGCCCCCAGACUUCAAGUGUGACCUACUGAGCAUCUGCCUGCUCCAGUAUUCACCAGGCUUUGGACAGAGGCUCCCAGUAUGUAGCCAGACGAUGCAGUGGAAGUAUGUUUUCUGUUUAGUUUUGCACCUGGUUUUGGACACCAGUUUAGCUUCUAGAUAGAAGAGGGUUUCUCCAGCAGUUACGUUGAUGUUAUAGCUGUGGACAGUCAGCUAACAAGGGAAGUGGAAGGUCCUGUUGGCGUGGCGUUUGCAGUUGGCUAUUCAUUUAUUUCCUAACCUUCCUUCUAGUGAGCAGACUGACUAUAAGAAUUCAUCCUUGCUGUUUGCAAGGGCAGUGAUUUUCAGCUUGGCUGGGGGCCAGUAGGGGCCUAUAGCUCAAGGAAAGGUUGGAUGCUAAGGUGCUGCGAGCGCUUCUGCGCAGGUCAAGUUCUGUUGUCUGAAUCCUGUUUUUCUUUUCAUGCAUCUCUGAUCACAGCUAGGCUAACAAUUUGGACUUUUUUAAAAAUAAUCAGUGCUUUCUAAUGGUCGCAAAUGGACCAUCUUAUCAUUACUAAACAGGUGAGUUUCAGAGUGUUUUUUUUUUUUUUUUUUUUUUUCCAUUUUAGUGAUUGUAGUAGUCAAGUAACUUGAGGUCCUGAGCUUUCCCUGCAUUUAAGCUACAGCAGUAUGGCAGUACUAGCAAAGUCCUAGUACAGCAGAUGUCACUAUCCUGGCCAAAAAAAAAAAAAAAAGGUGGGACUUCUAAUAGGCAUAGUCUUUAGUUCACUGAGGCAGAGCUAACAGCAGCUGCAAAAGUUGUAUCCAGGCUAGAAUUACUAGAGUCUUUGCUGGGGGUGGGGGGGAGCAAACAGUCGCCUGGCUGCCAUUGCUAGGUGUCGCGCCCAGGUUGUCAGUAGAAUUUCUGAUUCUUGGCAUGACCCACACUGCUGCGUUCAGUGGCUGAAGGGCAGCUCCUCUGCUGUGUGUAUUCUGUACUCCAGUGGGUUACAGGUCGGGGGGGGGGUGCAUUUCAAAGUGAAACAUGGCGAGGUGAGGCAGAACAUCAUUUCCUGUACCUAGCGGAGGCAGAAACUGUGCAUUGUUUCAUUUGGCUUGGUGUGCUUAAAUUUCUGCACUAGGAUGGUUACAAGACCAGCACUGCUUUGAGUGUGUGUAUUUGUGCUGUGCUUGGAAGUGCAAGCUAUGUACUGCCAUUUAAAACAAAAAAAACAAAAAAACAAAAAAAAAAAAAAAAGCAUUUUAGCCACCACUGAUUCAGUCCGGUGUAGUAGUGCGCUGGCCAGCAUGGCGCAGGGAAUACGGCACUAGCUACAUGCAGUGGGUCUCCAUUUGCAUCUGCUGCUGUUAGCUGCGUGGAUUAGUUUCCUUGGCUGGGGAACUGGGGAAUGCAACCUGCACCAGCGUGGAACAGGUCAGCUGUUGUGUUUACCAAUAAAUGUAGGGGAACCAGACGACACCACAGCUAAUAUUCACUUACUGAAAUGACUUUAUCCCUUUUUUUUUUUUUUUUUUUUUUUUUUUUUUUAAAUCAGAAAAACAACUGACCCUCUCUAGGUCUCUUAGGUAGGCUGACUUGCCUAUGGUUAUGCUGUAGAAGAGGGGAAAUGAGUUAGCUUCCAGUGGAAGCUGCUUUCAAUCUCCCUGCAGUAUCUGCAGGGGAGGCAAGGAACAUUAUUGACUUGGACAGAACAAGCAGCAGAGGAUGCAUCUAAUUGCUGUAUCUUUAGGGGGUCCUGCCCCAUUUUUAACUUGCAUUAUAAGCUUUUAUUCAGAAAGUGUUAUAAGGCUAAAGCCCACUCAGACCAAAAGAAUGCCACUUGAUUUUUGUUAAGUAGCAAAGUCUAAUGGGACUGACUGCAAUGUACGCAUGUUAGGGGAUAUCUCCCACUAGGCUUCUGCUGGGUCUAGACAGAGGCUGACUGACUUGCAGCGAGAUCAGGCUGUGUUCCCACGUGGCCUGUGUGUGGGAAGAUACCCUGACUUGUCCUGAAGUCACCAGUUACCAAGGAACUGGUCCCACUGUUCCUUUUACUAUGUAAGUAAGUGCAGCCUUCCUGGGGAAAACUGUCUAAAGCUUUUUGUGCCAUCUGGUUAAUAAAAGUGUUUCCACCUUUAAAGGGAAGUUCUUUCCAGCUUCAUUGUUCUACAUUCAAUACAAGUGAAGGGGUAUGUAUAUUUUUUUUCCUUCUGCCACUGGGACACUGCUGUAAGACCAUGCCCCCAGGUUGCACUUUAAUAAAUGGUACAGUUUUCAAAAA